AUGUCCAGAAAGCAAAUCGCCUUCUUCAACUUGCCAGUCCCUCAAUGUUGGGAUACCAGUCAAGGUCAGAAGUUGAAAUCGGCUUGCAACUUCUUUCCGACCACAUUAAGAGUUUUACGCAUAUCAUGGGGAUUCAUUGAGAGUGACUUCUUCACAUUUGCUGUUCCGAAUACGGUUUUCGGACUUGUGAGUGCUCUUGCAAGCUCCCGAGUUCUGGAAGGGCCGCCGCCUCUCCUGAUCGACGUCCUAAGACGAGGACCUUCGGUACUAUUCUUCAACUUCUACAGUCUCUUGCUUUUCGAUCUCGCCAACCAACAAUCUCCCGAGUCUGUUGAAGAAGACCGUGUCAACAAACCAUGGCGGCCUAUUCCUUCCGGGCAGAUCACGUCCGAGCAGACCCGCAAAGCGAUACUUUACACCGCGCUAGCUGCCCUUGGGUUCAAUCAUGUAUUAGGAAUUUGGAGUGAAGGACUAUUGGUACAGGUUCUCAGCUAUUAUUACAAUGAGUUGAGAGGAGGCAGUGGGCUCUUCCGAGACGUUAUUAUCGCUAUUUCCUACGGUCUCGCCAAUCAAACAUCUUUACAACUCGCAAUUGGCCCAGAAAACACCGUCAGCUCCGAAGGUCGACUUUGGACAGCGGUAAUAAGCACCAUUGUUCUAACGACCAUGCACAUUCAGGAUCUGAAAGAUCAAAAGGGUGAUCGCAAGCUUGGGCGAAAGACAAUGCCGCUUUUGCUGGGAGAUCGUUCAUGUCGGGUUGCUUUGGCAUGCUUAAUCCCCCUAUGGUCAUUAUUUUCUGUGAGGUUCUGGAAGCUGGGUGUAAUCUGUUCCUCGUUUUAUUUUCUUCUGGCAGCUCUCAUAGCGGUAAGGGUCCUGGUCAAACGCGAGCAACAACAAGAUGCUCGGACAUGGAGGCUUUGGUGUCUUUGGCACGCCAGCCUAUAUGCGAUACCUCUCUUGAGCAAUAGAUGA